ACCAGAGAAUCCCCGACAGACACCUCCUCUUCUCAGCAACAAUCGAAGCGAGAAAUUUGCAGAGAAAAAGGUAAGAGAACGGAGAGCUGGUCGGAGCUUCCGUUCGAGGAGAGAAAAGACGAUGAACUCGAACGCCGGCGGCUUCUCCGACGACCUCAUCAACAACCCCCAAACCGACCACCCUCCCGACGUCCUCCUCCCCCACCCUCACCUCCCCCAACCUCCCCCUCCCCAGCAGCAGCAGCAGCGCCGCCCUCGCGGGUUCGCCGCCACCGCCGCGGCCGCCGCGACGGCGGUCCCCGGCAAGGGGAAGAGGGAGAGGGAGAAGGAGAAGGAGCGCACCAAGCUCCGGGAGCGCCACCGCCGCGCCAUCACCAGCCGGAUGCUCGCCGGGCUCCGCCAGUACGGCAACUUCCCCCUCCCCGCGCGCGCGGACAUGAACGACGUCCUCGCCGCCCUCGCCCGCGAGGCCGGCUGGACGGUCGAGGCCGACGGCACCACGUACCGGCAGUCCCCGCCGCCUUCUCAGCUGGCGACAUUUUCUGCUAGGUCGAUGGAUAGCCCUGCGUCUGCGGCUUCUUUGAAGAGUUAUGGUGUUAAGACGACUUUGGAUUCCCAGCCUUCUGCUGUUAUGAGGAUGGACGAGAGCUUGUCCCCUGCUUCUCUUGAUUCCGUUGUGAUUGCUGAGAAGGAUCCGAAGAGUGUGAAAUAUGGCAACGCUAGUCCUAUCAAUUCAGUCAUCGAAUGCUUGGAUGCUGAGCAGCUAAUUCAUGAUGUCAGUUCUGUGGACCAUCAAAAUGUGUUUACAGACACAGAGUUUGUUCCAGUUUAUGUGAAACUAGACGGUACCAUCAACAAUUACUGUCAGCUGGUUGAUCAGGAGGUCGUGAGACAAGAGCUAAAUCAUAUAAAGUCAUUAAAUGCAGAUGGUGUUGUUGUGGAUUGUUGGUGGGGUAUCGUUGAAGGCUGGAAUCCUCAGAGAUAUGUCUGGUCUGGUUAUAGAGAAUUAUUCCACAUCAUCAGGGAAUUCAAGCUGAAACUGCAGGUUGUGUUGGCAUUUCAUGAGUAUGGAGGAAAUGAUUCAGGUGAUUUCUCAGUCUCUCUCCCUCAGUGGGUUCUGGAGAUUGGAAAGGAAAACGAGGAUAUAUUCUUUGCAGACCGCGAAGGAAGGAGAAACACUGAAUGCUUGAGUUGGGGCAUUGACAAAGAACGAGUGCUUAAGGGAAGGACUGCUAUUGAGGUAUAUUUUGAUUUAAUGAGAAGCUUCCGAACAGAGUUUGAUGACUUUUUCUGUGAGGGUCUCAUUACUGCGGUUGAAAUUGGAUUGGGACCAAAUGGGGAACUUAAGUAUCCUUCUUUUCCAGAGAGGAUGGGAUGGAGGUACCCCGGUGUUGGUGAAUUUCAGUGUUAUGAUAAGUAUUUACAGCAAAAUUUGCGGAAAGCAGCUAAAAUGCGUGGGCACUCCUUUUGGGCUAGGGGGCCUGACAAUGCUGGUCAAUAUAAUUCUAGGCCUCAUGAGACAGGGUUUUUCUGUGAACGAGGGGAUUAUGAUAGCUAUUAUGGGCGUUUCUUCCUCCACUGGUAUGCACAGACUCUGAUGGACCAUGCUGAUAGCGUUCUGUCCCUUGCUAAUCUUGCAUUCGAGGAGGCUAAUAUCAUUGUAAAGGUUCCUGCAGUUUAUUGGUGGCACAAGACAGCUAGUCAUGCAGCAGAGUUAACAGCAGGAUACUAUAACCCUACGAAUCAGGAUGGCUAUUCUCCUGUUUUUGAAGUUCUUAAGAGACAUUCUGUGACACUGAAGUUUGUUUGCUUGGGUUUACAUAGUCAGGAAAUUGAUGAAAGUUCUGCAGAUCCAGAAGGUUUAAAUUGGCAGGUUUUAAAUUCUGCAUGGGAUCGAGGUUUAGCAGUAGCAGGCGAGAAUGCACCAUCAUGUUAUGAUAGAGAUGGGUUCAUGAGAAUAGUUGAAAUGGCAAAGCCAAGAAAUGAUCCUGAUCGCCACCAUUUCUCAUUCUUCGUGUAUCAUCAGCCAUCUUCUCUAGUUCAAAGCGCAAUGGGUUUCUCAGAGCUGGACUUUGUCAUCAAAUGCAUGCGUGGAGGAAUUCUGGAAGAUCUACUACCAUGUUGAAGCAUUGACUACGCCACAUUGUAUGCUCGCGAAUAGGCAAAUACCCCUUAGAAAGAUGUAUUACCAUGUUAAUGCAUCGAACAGGGCACUACCUUCUUCCCCAUUUCUUUGGAAGUUUGAUUCAUAUCCACAUCGGUUCCAGCUGUCGGGACCAAUGCCCAGCCAUCUGGGGAGAAGCAAGAGUAAAAUAUUAGCAGAAGUAGCAGAGUCUUCUGACCUUUUCGGCUUCCCUCAACUUACGUCUUUGAUCGUAGCUAAGUUUUAUCUCAACCUUAAGAGGGAGCCUGGACAGAUGCCGGAAGGAUAUGUUUUCUUUGUUUAGGCAACGUAAUGAAGUACGAAACAGAGGGAACUUGCUAGGA